GUGCUCAACUCCAUCAUGACCCCUUGAGAAGUGCGAGCGAGUCUCGACGCCGAGGCGUGUGCGACGAAUCGACGCUCUCCACCAUCACCUCCCACAUCAACGUCUCACGCUGCCCAGCAUGUCGAGCACGUCCCCCAUCGAGAUGCAGUCUUACGACUUUCUCUUCAAGAUGAUCUUGAUAGGAGACAGCGGGACUGGAAAGACUUGUUUGCUGCAUCACUUUGUGUAUGGAGAAUUCAAGGAAGAGUCUCAGCACACCAUCGGAGUGGAAUUCAGCUCCAAAGUCCUCAGGGUUGGCAAGACGUGCGUCAAGUUGCAGCUUUGGGACACGGCGGGUCAAGAGCGCUUUCGAUCGGUGACUCGUAGCUACUAUCGAGGAGCAUGCGCCUGCCUGCUGGUGUACGACAUUACCAAGCGAGCAACGUUCGACCCGCUAUCACGCUGGUUGGCGGAUGCGCGAUCUCUAGCUUCUAGCGAUCUCGUUGUUGUGCUUGUGGGGAACAAGCUCGACCGGGCAGAGGAUGAGAGGGAAGUCGCGCAAGAGGAAGCGGAGCGAUGGGCGCGCGAUAAUGGCGCGCUUCACCUCGAGACCUCGUCGCUCUCGGGCGAAAAUGUCGAAACUCCAUUCCACUUGGCAGCCAAGAGCAUUCUCCUCUCGAUCGAAUCUGGUAGCAUCGAUCCCGAAAAGCCUGGUAGCGGCAUUUCCUAUGGCGACAGGGGCGUUGGAGGAAGCAUGAGCAUCAGGAGCGGCUUUUCUACCAUGGGUCUUGGUAAUGGGAGAGGAUUCGACAGCCGCUUCGACCUGGGUAGAGAAGGCGGACGCCUCAAAGGCCUCAAGGAGAGAAUGAACGGAUGCUGCAACACCUGAGCACGAAGCAGGCUCGCACGUAUCGCGAAUUGACGACUCGGCACCAAAUGCUGGUCGUGUCCCUGAGCUGGUUUGAGCUCAUCUUCAAACAUUGCUUUCGCCUAGCCGAUGCCAAUCGCUUGUCCAGGCGUGGCGCAGGAAACACGCUAGCUUUCCAACAGUACAUGCACACGCGCGCUUCGCAGCAUCAUCGAUUCACCAGACCCACACCUACACGAGCGACUGGUGAGUACAAAAAUCACGACUUCAACGCCUGUACGAUUUAUUUCAGACCACACCACAAGUGUAAUGUAACGCAUGCAAAC